AGAGAGGAGAAGAAGAAGAAGAAGAAGAAAGCACAGAGAGGAGACAGCAGAGCACGUCUGUUCCUGUAAGCAUGAGUGCUGUCAACGAGAGGAACAUGUGUGAUCUGAUCUCUCUCCUCUCCGCACUCCUUUCAGAUGGGACAAGAUCACAGUCAUAUGGCACCAGAGACUGAUCCAUUUUCCUCAAGCUGCCUUUAGAAGAAGAGGAAGAAGAAGAAGCCCACACACGUGACUACUGCUUCUAUGACCAUCCACCAUCAUGAAUAACAGCAUGGACAAGUACCACGUUUCCUCGCACCUCAGGCAAAGACGACGGGUCUGCCACGGGACGCCACCGAGCCAAUCGUCACUCUGACCAGGUCUGGACAGAAGAAGAGACACAGUUGUUCAUAGCAACUUGGAAGAGAAAUCAAAUAAAAAUAAUUAACAAACAAAAAAAACACAACAACAUUCAUUCAAAUCAACCUCCGGGAGUCCUAGCGCUCCUCGGCGACAGGAAUAUGGAUGGCGGUGCCAACGUGUCGUGUUGGAGUCAAACCGAAGUGGAUGCCCUGAAGCGGUAUGAGCACCAGACCUACGCCAUCAUCUACUCCAUAAUCCUGCUGCCGGGGCUGAUCGGCAACGUGCUGGCGCUCUGGGUCUUCCACAUGUACGUCAAGGAGACCAAGAAGGCGGUCAUCUUUAUGAUCAACUUGGCAGUGGCAGACCUGCUGCAGGUGCUUUCGCUGCCGCUGCGCAUCUACUACUACCUGAACGACAGCUGGCCGUUUGGCCGCGGCCUCUGCAUGUUCUGCUUCUACCUGAAGUACGUCAACAUGUACGCCAGCAUCUUCUUCCUGGUCUGCAUCAGCGUGCGCCGGUGCAUGAUGGUCCUGCAUCCGCUCCAGUACACCUCGUGCCGCCGCCGGCUGGACCGGAGCCUGUGCGCCGCCGGUUGGCUCUUCGUGUGCUUCUGCUGCCUGCCGUUCCCUCUGCUGCGCCUCGGGGGGGACGUGGGCGACCAGGCGGACAAGUGCUUCGCCGAGCUGCCGCUGGUGCCGAUGUCGGCGGUGGCGGGGCUGUCGCUGAUGGUGGGCGCCGAGCUGCUGGGCUUCCUGGUGCCGCUCGCCGUGGUGGGCACGUGCACGCUGCUGACGGCGGGGAACCUGCGGGAGGACGGCGGGCGGCGGCGCGUGCCGCAGGACGGCGGCGAGAAGCGCCGGGCGCUGCGCAUGGUGCUGAGCUGCGCCGGCGUCUUCCUGCUCUGCUUCCUGCCCUACCACGUCACCUUCCCGCUGCACUACGUGGCCAAGGCGCGCUGGGACUCGGUCAGCUGCGGGUUCCGCGCCACCGUCAUGCGCUGUCACCCCGUCACACUCUGCCUGGCCAGCCUCAACUGCUGCCUGGACCCCGUCAUGUACUACUUCACCACCGAGGAGUUCCGCCGCCGGCUGUCGCGCCCUGAGCUCACAGAGAGCCUGCAGCUCCAGCGACGGCUCUCCUGCAUCACUACCGAGGACAAGGCCCUCACCUCCGAACCACUCUGACCGACAACAGGCCGUGGGGUUGCAACACCACCGCAAUCAACGGUCUGACCUCUGAACUAAGCCUCUGAACAACUGAGCAACAUGGAGUUGCAGAGCUCAGUAACAGUUGUUACAAGUUCAAAAGGAAGGAUGGCACCCAGGCAAACAUUAGGCCUUUAAGCUCUAGCCUUGACCUUUAACCUCCAGUGAGCCAUGGAGUUGUAACACCACCAUGGUCAAGGGUCCUGGCUUCCUGUCAAGGCCUCUGGGUGUCAAAGGUGUCAAAGACGCCGAAAAAACAAUCAUGUUAUAACUCCACAGGAAGAAUGGCACCCAGGCAAACUUUCAGCCCUUCAGUCUGGCAGGAGAUGCUAAGAUUUUGCUCCAUAGUGUAUCACCUGAGCCAUAAAGCAUGACGGAGCUCACCUCUGGGCCCUGAUGUCAGGGCUUUAGGAGGAGCUGAGGAAUGCCCCCAUCAGCGCAAGUGGGUAUUGAUGGUGGAAUGGUAGAGUGGUGCUUAAGAAGCAGGGCGAGAGAGGCCCCACGCGAUGUUGCGUGGGAGGAUGUGGUGAUGGGGGAAGGGUGGACUGAAGUAACACUCUUUGCAGAGAAAGGUUAUCAGAGGACAGACUCACGCAAGGGGAGAUCUGAGAAAGGAACCGAAGAAUGACAUGACCAAAGAAACUCUGGUCUGCGGAACGUCGACAGUAGUGGAGAAAACAAGAAUGCCUUUACUGCUAAACACUGUGAAAAGUCUUCACAGUGCUAUUGGAGACAUUUUGAAAAUGUGAGUGCGGCGAGCGAUUAGUGCCACAGUAGAAGCACCUGAAUUAAAUUAAUUCAAUAUACUGUGAUAGAACACAGAGCCACUGUGGAGGAGCAAAGAGGACCAAAGCAGGUUGUGUGGAUGAGAAUGUUGCUUUUGCAGUGCGUGUGUUUGUGCGUGAACUCCCUACAGUGGGGAAGUUGAGGAGCGGUACACAAAAAUCAGGAAAUGUUGAGUUCAGUUUAGUCUUUCCAAGAACACGUGCACAUGUGACAGGACCAAAUAUACCGAAACUAAUUUUAUCAAGAAGUCAAUGACCAAAGAGUCAGGGAAAAAACUAUCACAUGCAGUAUGUGUGUGUGUGUGUGUGUGUGUGUGUGUGUGUGUGUGUGUGUCUGUCUGUGUGUGUGUGUGUGUGUGUGUGUGUGUGAUGAGUCAAUUAAUAGUGCUGUAUGCUAUUGGCCAUA